AACAAUUUAUGUUUAUUAUCAUUACAUCUGAAAAUGGUUCCAUGGUUGUGUAUCUUUUUUUCUUACUUGUUGUUCUACAAAUCAAGUUGUGAGCUCAUAACUUCUCUUCCUGGACAACCUCCAAAUAUACUCUUCAAACAAUACUCUGGUUAUAUUGUUACAAAUUCUCAAAAUGGUAGAUCUCUCUUUUAUUAUUUUGUCGAAGCGGAUUCAGAAAAUGCAGCAUCACUUCCCCUUACUCUCUGGCUCAAUGGAGGCCCUGGUUGUUCAUCUGUGGGUUAUGGUGCUUUUAUGGAACAUGGUCCUUUUCGUCCAGGGAAAGAUGGGAGCCUAAUCAAAAACAAUUUUUCUUGGAAUUUGGAAUCAAACAUGUUAUAUGUGGACUCCCCGAUUGGAGUAGGAUUUUCGUACUCAAAUACAAGCUCAGACAACAUCAAUUGGGAUGAUACAGCAACAGUGUUUGAUUUUACAGCUAAGGAAAAUCUCCAAUUCAUCCUCAAAUGGUUCAAGAAGUUCCCUCGAUAUAGAAACUCGGAUGUGUACUUAACCGGGGAGAGUUAUGCAGGUCAUUAUGUACCACAGUUUGCAGUAUUGCUGCUUGAUUACAACAGAACGCCUAAUGUUAAACCGAUCAAGCUUAAAUCAAUCGCACUAGGGAAUCCACUCCUAGAUAUUGAUAUAAGCGUGAAGUCUGCUGAAUAUCUAUGGGCACACGGUGUCAUUUCUGAUGAACUUCUUGAUAUGCAUAAAACAAUCUGUAAUGAAACAAAGUUCAUCAUGGAGUAUACACAUAAUGAGACAUCUAACGAAUGUGCAAAAGUGAUGGAAUUAAGAACGGAAGAGAUGGGAAACGAUAUAGUGAAGUAUGACAUACUCUUGCCAAAAUGUGUAUCUUCUGAUGCUGCAGGACAGCUAAAGGCCCUUGGUAACCUCGCCAUAGUACACGACAAGUUUGAUAAGAAAGUUGGAAAAGUUGCUGAUCCAUGUCUUAAUGAAUGGAUAAAUUUGUAUCUUAACAAGCCAGAAGUUCAAAAGGCACUACAUGCUAACACCACUAACCUGCCAUAUUCGUGGGAGGUUUGUUCGGGACCCCUUCAGUAUAAGAUGGAAGAUGCAGCUAUAGACAUUAUACCUCUGCUGUCAAAUAUUCUAAAACAGCAUAUCCCAAUUCUGCUUUUCAGUGGAGAUCAAGAUUCAAUACUCCCACUUACCCAAACUAGGAAAAUUGCUAAACUACUUGCUCAAGAUUUAAAGCUAGUUGCUUUAGACAAAUAUGGUCCUUGGUAUGAUGGCUUGCAGAUUGGAGGAUGGAGUCAAUCAUUUGGAGGGGUAAGAGAAGGCAAAAAUGUAACAUAUUUAACAUUUGCUACAAUUAGAGGUGCAUCUCAUGAAGUGCCUUAUACUUCUCCUUCACAAGCUCUUACUCUUUUUAGAGCAUUUUUGAGAGGAUAUCCUCCACCACGAAAGAGCAGCGCCAUUGCAGCGCUGUAGCUGUGUAAUUCUAUUAUAUACGAUCUGAUGAAUCUCUUUUCGCCAAUUUUGUAACAGCAAGAACAUAGUUAAGCUUUUGAACACCUUUCUUUGAAGUUGGUGAAAAUUUGAUCUUUCUUGGUAGUAGUAUAACAUAUUUAAACAUUGAUGUAAUAAUUAAAUCUUC